UCUAAUUGUAUCAGCUGGAUAAUCAACAGUCGUGUGAAUUUACAAAAAGUUAUAUAUUGUAAUUUUUUUGAGAACUUAGAUUGGUGUUUAUAUUUGUGAAAGGGCCAUUGCCUUCUGUUUGAUAUAAAGGCAACACGCAAACGCACAAAACGGCAACAACAUAUAUACAUAAAUAUAUAUGUAUAACAACUGCAGUAGUACGAGUAAUACAUUGCAAAAAGUAGAAAAACUUGUAUUUGCUUAAAAAUCUAAAAAUUGUUGUUUUUUCCCCUCACRUCCCCUACCAUACAAAAUCCUCUCAGUACAAUCUAAAUUGUAUGGUAUUUCCUAAUAAUACACAUACAAGCGUCAUCAUUUUCUGAKUUUUACUUGUAAUUUUAAACUAUCGGUGUUCGGACACAGUGGCAAAUUCAGUAAAACAGUGUAUCAACAUGGUCGGUCGAGUACUGGUCUACGGCGGCAAAGGCGCUUUGGGCUCUGCCUGUGUUUCCCACUUCAAAUCAAACAACUACUGGGUUGGUAGUAUUGAUCUCAGCGUGAAUGAAGAAGCGGACGCAAGCAUYGUGUUACCCCGUGAACUUAGUUGGGAGCAACAAGAGGCUGAAGUGUUAACAAAGGUCGGCGAUGCUUUAAACGAUGAAAAAUUGGAUGCUGUAAUUUGUGUUGCAGGCGGUUGGGCGGGUGGUAAUGCCUCCAAGGAUUUGGCCAAAAAUGCUGAUUUAAUGUGGCGCCAAAGUGUUUGGACGUCAAGUAUUUCGGCUGCUGUCGCUUCCAAGUACCUAAAAGAUGGCGGCUUAUUAACAYUGACCGGCGCGCAACCAGCGUUACAAGGCACAUCCGGCAUGAUCGGUUAUGGUAUGGCCAAGGCCGCUGUCCAUCAGCUAACACGUUCACUGGCUGGGAAAAAUUCUGGUUUACCCACUGAUGCCAUCGCAGUUGCAAUAUUGCCAGUUACUUUGGAUACACCAAUGAAUCGCAAAUGGAUGCCAAAGGCAGAUUUUGGUUCAUGGACACCUUUAGCUGAAGUUGCCGGACUUUUCUAUAAAUGGACUCAAGGCAAGGAACGACCAAACUCUGGUUCCCUGGUACAAUUAAUCACUAAGGAUGGUGUUACACAAUUGGUAGAAGCUAACUAAAUAUUGGCAUGCAUUAUGGGAAACCGUCAAAAUCCGACUCGUGAACGUUAGGGAAAUAAGCAUAUGAUACAAGCGUACAUACAUAUACAUAUAUAUUUAUUGAUUAACAGAUUGCAAGUUAUAGAAAAUAAUAAAUAUGAAUUCCAAAAGUUUGAAUUUCAAGUUGAUAUACAUACAUAUUCGCCAACUCUUACAAAUAUGUCUAUGUACAUKAAAUGUUUAAAAUAUAUUGUGUUGUAUAUAUAUAGUGAAAGAUGUGCGGAUGUUUCUUUUUUGUGAAGGGAAGUAAAAUUAURUAGAGAUACUGAAAGUUCAAUCAUAUUUGAUAACCUGUUAUUAUYUGCUUUCUAUAGACAAGUAGAUCUGCCCAAUCUGUAUGCUACGGAACUAAAUAUGUAUGGAUAUGUAUGUGUAUAACUUUAAAAAGUACCAAUGAUGAGAUCAAACUGUAUUAGCACAAUACAUUUAUAGAGUCGUUACAACAAUAAUAAAUGCUUGUACCAAAUGCAAAUGAAAGAAGAGAACGGAAAUAUAUAACAUAGGAAUAUUUUAGUAUUUUCGUUGUUACAUGAA